UUUUAAUUUAAAAAUCUCUAAAUAGGUAUAUGAAAAUGGAUGAAAUAGAAUACAAGCUGAAAACCAACACGAGUGUAUUGAUAGUUAAUGCUAUUGAUAAAUUGAUAUCUACAAUAAAAUCGAAAUAUAAGCCGGGCGAGGGGCAAAAGUUUGUUUUGGAGAAUGAAGAAUUGAAAUUUUUGAGAGAGAAAUGUUCCUCACCAGAGCCCGUCGUGAGCCUGACGGCAUGCCAAGGUCUACUGGCGCUGGUUGAACUCAAUGUUCUAGAAAUCGGGCAUACAAUGUCGACUGUUGUGUCUCUUCUGCCCACGGCCCAUAACUUCUCUGCUAUAAUAUCAACAAUGGCAGGUCUCCUAAUUUUGGACUUAAAGUCGCGGCUAGUCCCAGGACAGCCUUAUAAAUGCCAGUUCUCAUUGAGAUCACCUCAUCAUCCAUUUAUUACCGUUCUUGAGAGAAAUAGGGAUAUGGAAGAUGACGUUUUGGCCCAGAUGCACGCCUUGUGCACUAACCAUGAAUAUUUAGUAUCGUCAAACAGCCUCGAGCUACUCCGUCCAGUGUUCCUCUGGAUGACGUGUAACCCUCAACGCAGUAGAGGUAUCUCCAGGGCCUGGCAGCUGCUGCUCAGUCUGCCACAAUCUGACGCUCAGUCUUCAUUGCUGCUGGCCUGUAUUAGUUGUCAACAGAUAUGCAACCCAAAGCUGAUAGACAGUGCGUUCGCAGCAUACUCUGCUGUGACUGAAUCGGCGAUAUAUCAGCAGAGGAGCGAGGCUGUGGUGGCCUUGGUGCCCAUGCUGGCAAGGGUAUGCGGGGAAUUGUUGAGGCAUGGUCGCGAUCCGCGUCCAUGCUACAGUCUGAUCGAGCGUUGUCUCUCCCUGGACACGCCGGAGAUGCGCACCGUAUCCGGGCUGGCUCUGUUGCUAUUGGCCGAUAACCUCACGCACACGGCCGCGAGAUAUCUGCACGAGCUGUUCAAUUUGUGCCUCAACAUAAUAAGCAAAUGUGACUACUCAGUACUCGGCCUGAACUCCUUCGUCGGUUUCUCGCUACAGUGGCUCCAUCUACCAUCAUAUUUGACAAACGACGCUCUAAGUGUAGCUGCCAAAAUACUAGAUAUCCAUCAAAAUAGCAAUCCAAAAACUUCUCUGUACACAGCAAACUUGAAACAGAAUACAAUGUUCCAGAAUUUAGUGCAUACAGACGGACGGUUAUACGCAUAUUAUAAAUUACUAGAUACAUUUGAACGGGUUAGAGAUAAUCCAACCAAGUUGAGAGACUGGUUAAAAAAUUUGACACAAAGUGACAGUUUGAGAGUGGAGUUACUCCCGUUUUUGGUCGGGUUAUGUUUUGAUAGACGUGCGGAAGAGGACCUUAUUAUUGAAGCUUUAAGGUGUAUUAUCGCAGUGGUGGGGGUUAAAAAGGAAGUCUCAGUGACAGUGUUACCAAUGUUAGUGUAUAAGAUUGCUAAUGAAGAACGGCCUAAUGUUAGGCUGGAGUGCUUGAAGGGGCUGCCGUUGAUGGCUGCUACUAAGGAAAAUGUACCAACUUUAGUUUCCGUGCUAAAUAAAUUGAAAGCCAACAAAGGAGUGCCUACAUCCCUUCUUGUCAUGUUGUACACCAGUUUGGCUGAAACUCAGGUGCGUUGUUUCCCAUACCUACAAGAGUGUCUAGUUGACACUUCAAUAGGACCAGAUGACCUCAAGUGGGAGGUGGACGUGGCUAAAGCUGUCGCUGUUAAACGGAUUUGUGAUGCGAGAGCGUCAACCCACGGUCUAGAACUAGUAUCAGUAAUAUCGUCCCUACUCAACCGAUGUACGGACAAAGCGGGGGCCACGGCCACGUGUCUCGCGCUAGAGGCCCUCGGGGCCCUGUGGAGGGGCAACGCGGUGGCCCCGCCGGGGACCUGGAAGGCCCUGGAGCCGAGACUGGGCAGGGAUAAUAGACCCGCUGUGCAAGCUAGCCUGUGCAAGUUGCUGGGCGAAGUCCCCGGGCUCCGAGUAUCAACUCCCGCGUACGACGCGCUCAUCGCCGACGCGGCUCGCCGUUUGUGGGCAAUGGUCGCGGAGGCUUCGCCCCCCGUGGUGGAGGCCGCUUGCGAAGCCCUAGCUAACUAUAAGAUCGAGGAUUAUAAGCUGAAGGAUGUGCCUGAGAUAUACAGACGAACAGUGAAACUGCCACCUGCGUAUUGUAAAACACCCGUAGAUGCUAUAAGAAAACCAGAAGAUGUCUUGGAUUAUAUCCCGUGUGAGAUCUGGCCAGAAGUGUUCAAAAACACGAAUCAAGCUGCCCUCCCGGGGGUGCAAUAUUUAGUGGGCAAACUCAUAGAGCGUGAAGUUCGCACAUACCGCAGUGGGGUGUACAAUAUAGAGGGCAGGGAGCCGCAGAGCUUGGGGCACUUGCCCCCGCACAGCGUGGUUAGGGGCAUGCUUGAUUGCUUUAGGAAACAGAUUACUUCACCAACCUACGACAUCCAAGAGCCAAUCCUCCUGGCUAUAUUCAGUACCCUAUCUGCGGAGUACCCUCGGCCACUUCCCCCCAUGGACCUGAGCUUCCUCCACGAGGUGUUCCACCGCGGAACCCCCUGGAGGAUGAACAGCAUCCAGCUGGCUGCGAGGCAAGCGCUCACAGCACCCUCUGCAAGACGAAUGGUCGAUAAUUUUUUGGUUGGAAUCGAACCGGGGGUUACGGAGGAAUCAGACAUUAUGCUGAUCUUCGAGCACCUACCCAUUUUAUGCCGCACUAUGCCCCCAAACACCCUCCGACCCUCGGUGGAGAGAAGCCUGGCGCAUGCCCUGGGGAACCGGGAGCUUUUCACCCAGCAGCUGGCCAGCAUCAGCCGGACCCUGGAUAACGAGAGGAUCCACGAGGCUAAUAGGACCUGGUUGUGUCAAUUAUUGGAAGCCCAGUUCUCGCUGAUCGCUGAUGAUAGUCCGCUAUGGCCCCCAUACGUGCAAGCCUGCAGAUCCCUCUCCACCAAAUACCUAGAGCGUAUGACGUCACCGAGCGGGUGGUGGGAGGUGUCCAGUGACUUGUUGCGCAAGUCGUGUUCCGUGCGCAGUGCGCUGGCGGCGGCCGGCGAGUGCAGAGCGCCGCUCGUGUGGCUCAAUGAGACUGUGGAUGUGCAUGCCAGCCAGAUUGUUGAACAAGAAUACUCCCUCCACUGUAUGUGGCCGGCACUUCGAGAUGCGAAAGAUGACAGUUCCACAAGAGAGUGGUACUUGCAGCUGAUGGCGCGCACUCAAGUCGCUUUUAAUGAAACAGACGACGAAUCUUCAAAGCUAUACCUGUGCGACAUAUUCGCGCUAUCUAGCAUCGCUUUCAGUGGCGUGUGGUCCUUCGAGCCGGAUACAACUUGUAUUAUAAGUAAUAGAGAGAAACGAUACUCGUUGUUGCCCGCGGGUUUGGCUGUGUUAGUGGGAAAGGAGGGCUGGAAGGAGUGCAGUUUACAGGUGCUAGAAUGGUUGUGUCACACCCGGGACGCAACCCGCGACUCGCACACAGCGCGGGCUUGUCAGCGGAGCUUGUUAGCACUGAGACACUGCGAACAGUUUAUUGCUCAUAAGAUUUGGACUCGAUUGGAACAUCACUUCACGCCGACAGUAACCAGCUUUGAAGAUAUGAAUUUAUAAGAUGCCAAUGUAAUAAUCAUGUAUUAAAAUGUAAUUAACUGUAUCUAGUCUCUGAUAUUGUUAAGUUUAUGAGAUCUGUGUUAUAAGAAAUAAAUAAUGAAUAUAU